GAAACCAACCCUAAACUCUUUUUAUCUCCGCCCUAAAGGUAGCCCCGAUUAUUGCUGACUUAAGCAUCGGAGUGUCUACCCCGAGUUCCACCUCGGGGCUUUGCAGGAAUGAAACACAUAUAUGAACAAAAGCUGAUCCAUAGACGUGCCGUAGAGAUUGUGCAUAGGAUAAGCGAUGAAUUAUCAACGUUAAAUGCCAGAGAGCUCAUUAAGAGUGGAGCUAUCCCGGCAUUCUUCCAAGCUGUCCAGCAUGGCAUAACCGAGAUUGUGAAUAUAUGGGAGUUAGGGACUCUUGUCCCAGAGUGUAAAGAAUUUGUUAAUCGAAAUGGAGAAACUCCUCAGCAAGUGUUUAGUAGGGAUCACAAGCAAUUGGCAAAAGAAGGGGAAGAAUGGAUGAAGCAAACAGCUCAAUCUUAUACUUUUGUUGGUGCCCUUAUCAUCACUAUUAUGUUUGCUGCAGGCUUUACUAUUCCCGGCGGUAACAAUCAAGAUACUGGUUUCCCCAUAUUCUUACGUAAAAGAUUAUUCAUGGUGUUUAUAUUGUCAGAUGCAAUUUCUUUGUUCAGUGCAUGUACUUCAGUUUCGAUGUUCUUAGGAAUCCUCACAUCUCGCUAUGCUGAAGAAGAUUUUCUCAAGUCAUUGCCAACCAAGUUGAUUAUCGGCAUUUGCACACUCCUCAUCUCUAUUACAGCAAUGAUGGUAGCUUUUUGUGCUGCUGUUUCAAUCAUGUUACAGGGACGAUGGUGGGUAAUCAUCUUGCUAGUUCUGUUUGCCAGCAUUCCGAUCGAGGCUGCUGCUAAUUGGAGGACAAAGAUUGACGCAGCUCUACACGCGCUUCAAAACUCGUGUACCUACGGUUUUUGCUCGGAUGAAAAAGGACAAAUCAGCCAAAGAUGCUCGGAAUAAAGUGGCUAAACUAUUUAAAAGAAAGUAUAAGUGGCUAUGUUGCUGUUGUAAUUGAUUUAAACUUUUCUAUUGUGAAAUUCGUCAGUGUUGUCAAGUGCUACGUUUUGUAUCUUUUAUCCAUGUGAUUUAUUGCAGUUAUAAUUAUUGAACGUACAUGGUUAUUCUUAUCACAUUCUUAAAAUAUAUUAGAAUUUGUCAU